AUGGAAGAAAAUGCUCGCCGAGACCCAGAGCGCCCAGAGGACUCCGGCGACGAGUCAAACCGAGCCAUUCUGCCUCUCCUCCAGCCACCUGGCAACCAGCAGCCCCACAGGAUCACCAACUUUUACAUCGACAACAUCUUAAGACCGGACUUCGGGCGCAAGAGGAAAGAUGGGACUUUCAUCCGGGAGGAAGACAGCCUGGGAGUAAUCCUGCGAAGGGAGGACCUGCCUGGGAGAAGAGCUUCCAAAACUGGCAACCCGCAGCAGGGUGGAGCAGAGGGUGAGGAGGGCGCAGAGGCAUCCGAGGACCAGCAUCCGGACACAGAGGGCAAAAAAGCUGAACUUGUAGCCGGUGAUGGUGCAGUGAAAGUCCGGGGGGACGGCGGGGACCGGUGCCACAGCCCCCAGGCCAGCUCGACCGCAGCCAAGCCGAUGCUUUGGCCGGCCUGGGUCUAUUGUACCCGCUACUCAGACCGUCCUUCAUCAGGGCCCAGAUCCCGUAAACCAAAGAAGGCGCCGACCCCCAGUAAGGAAGACAAACGGCCCCGGACGGCCUUCACCGCCGAGCAGCUCCAUCGGUUAAAGACUGAAUUCCAGACCAACCGGUACCUGACCGAGCAGAGGAGGCAGAGCCUGGCCCGGGAGCUUGGUCUCAACGAGUCUCAGAUCAAAAUCUGGUUUCAGAACAAACGGGCGAAAAUCAAGAAGGCCUCCGGUAAUAAGAACUCUCUGGCGCUGCACCUCAUGGCCCAGGGACUGUACAACCACACCACGGCCAAGGACGACAAGUCGGACAGCGACUAG